AUGCCAGAAGCGCAGAUUUUCAAGGCUACCUACAGCGGGAUUCCCGUCUACGAGAUGAUGUGUAAAGGGGUCGCGGUAAUGCGACGCCGCUCGGACUCGUGGUUGAACGCGACGCAAAUCCUGAAGGUGGCUGGAUUUGACAAACCGCAGAGAACCCGUGUCUUGGAACGCGAAGUACAGAAGGGCGAACACGAAAAGGUCCAGGGAGGGUACGGCAAAUAUCAAGGCACGUGGAUUCCUCUCGAGCGCGGUAUGCAGCUCGCCAAACAGUACAACUGCGAACACCUGUUGCGUCCGAUUAUCGAGUUUACCCCUGCUGCCAAAAGCCCGCCCCUCGCCCCAAAGCAUCUAGUCGCCACCGCCGGCAACAGGCCAGUGCGUAAGCCAUUGACCACCGACCUUUCAGCGGCUGUGAUCAACACGAGAUCAACGAGAAAACAGGUAGCAGACGGAGUGGGAGAGGAAUCUGACCACGAUACGCAUUCUCUUCGAGGCUCUGAAGACGGUUCUAUGACACCUUCGCCUUCCGAAGCAUCGUCAAGUUCGCGAACACCUUCUCCCAUACACAGUCCCGGCACUUACCACUCCAACGGCCUGGACGGUCCAUCAAGCGGGGGCAGAAAUCGAUACCGCCAAAGUAACGACCGAUACGACGAAGACGACGACGCCUCACGACACAAUGGGAUGGGAGAUCCACGGUCGUAUGGUGAUCAAAUCCUCGAAUACUUCAUCUCAGACACGAAUCAAAUACCUCCCAUUCUCAUCACCCCGCCGCCAGACUUCGAUCCCAACAUGGCAAUCGACGACGAUGGGCACACCUCCUUGCACUGGGCUUGCGCAAUGGGACGAAUCCGGAUAGUGAAACUUCUACUCUCCGCUGGAGCCGACAUCUUCAAGGUCAACAAAGCCGGCCAAACCGCGUUGAUGCGAAGUGUGAUGUUCGCGAACAAUUACGAUGUCCGCAAAUUCCCUGAACUUUACGAACUGCUGCACCGCUCCACGCUCAAUAUCGACAAUUCGAAUCGGACCGUCUUCCAUCACGUCGUGGACGUUGCGAUGUCGAAGGGGAAAACACAUGCAGCGCGUUACUACAUGGAAACAAUUCUCACUCGACUCGCGGACUAUCCCAAGGAAUUGGCGGACGUCAUCAAUUUCCAGGACGAAGAUGGAGAAACCGCGCUCACUAUGGCGGCGCGCUGUCGCAGCAAGCGUCUAGUCAAGCUUCUUAUCGACCAUGGAGCCGACCCUAAAAUUAACAACCACGACGGGAAGAAUGCGGAGGACUACAUCUUGGAGGAUGAACGGUUUAGAUCCUCUCCAGCCCCUUCUUCCAGGGUCGCGGCUAUGUCGUACCGCAAUGCGCAGGUCGCGUAUCCUCCUCCUGGUGCACCUUCGACUUACUCGUUUGCGCCUGCCAACCACGACCGACCUCCACUCCAUUAUUCUGCAGCAGCUCAAAAGGCGAGUACACGAUGUGUGAACGAUAUGGCGUCUAUGUUAGACAGCCUCGCGGCCUCAUUUGAUCAGGAGCUGCGCGACAAGGAACGAGACAUGGCACAGGCGCAAGCGCUAUUGACUAAUAUCCAAGCAGAGAUUUUGGAGAGUCAAAGAACGGUUCUUCAGCUGCGCCAGCAAGCCGAAGGCCUCUCACAGGCGAAACAGCGCUUAGCAGACUUGGAGAACGCUUUGCAGGAUAAGAUGGGACGGAGGUAUCGGCUGGGGUUCGAGAAGUGGAUCAAAGACGAGGAGACGCGCGAGAAAGUCAUCCGAGAUGCAGCGAACGGGGACCUCGUACUAACACCAGCCACCACCUCGUACACCGUGGACGAAGAUGGUGACUCUGAUUCCGGGUCGAAUGGCGACAAGAACAAGGGCAAGCGAAAAGCCCAGGUGCAGCAGGAAGAGGUUUCUGACUUGGUUGAACUGUACUCCAACAUCCCUACCGACCCCGAAGAGCUUCGGAAACAAUGCGAGGCGCUGAGGGAGGAGGUGUCCCAGUCGAGGAAACGACGGAAAGCUAUGUUUGACGAACUGGUCACGUUCCAAGCUGAAGCCGGUACUAGCGGGCGAAUGAGCGAUUAUCGACGGCUAAUAGCAGCUGGAUGUGGUGGACUUGAGCCGCUAGAGAUUGAUUCCGUGCUGGGGAUGCUUCUGGAGACACUCGAAGCUGAAGAUCCCAGCUCGACAUCUGCUACCUGGAGCGGCUCAAAGGGCCAGCAGACGGGAUAG